GACAUUUUAUGCUCAAUAAAUUUGUGAACACGAUCCGAAAAGGUAAUCAAUGGAACUCCGUCCACCAUUUCCGUAACCAUGCCCCAUCUUGCAGUUCAAAUCCUUCUUUUAUUCUAAUAUGUUGUCCUGCCUCAUGGACAUCCCUUAUUAGCGUUGCCUUAUAUGAGAUUCUGGUUGUAUCCUGAUUUUGGAUUUGCUAACUAUCUCCAUCAACUAUUGGAUCAUCCGCUUCUUGUGAUGACUUCGAUUGCCUUUUCAUUUUCUUAGUUGCUCUCCCAAUGCCGGUAUUAGGCCUGCCACCAUUAUCGCCCACCAUUGCCAAUAUCCCAAGCUAAAAAUUACCCUAAAAAUAUUUAUUUUAAAAAUAAUAUAUUAUUAAUUAAUAAAAUAAUUAAUCUAUAAAAUAAUGAAUUAAGCCUACAAAUUUUAAUACUAAAAUGAGGAAACAGGUAUACUUCGGGUGCCAAAUCAUACAUUAAGGCUAAAAAUGAUGGCAAGAUAUAAGAAACAAGUUCAUACAUCGUGAGCCUACUACAAGAAUUUGACUCCAAAUAUUCUGCUACUUGAACCUCCGCUGUUCAUGAAACUCGCAAGACCCAUUUCGCGACGUGUCACCAGCUUCUCGUCCGGUUUAAAACCAGAUCGAGUAACCAAGAAUCCUCUGUCUAUCACCGUCGCUAAAGAGCUUCACGCGUAUUUAAUCAAGACCCACCGCCACGAUGAUUCCUCUUCAAUAUCUUCCGUUAUCAGAGCUUACUGUCUUGAUCCCUUUCAUUUGCACAAAGCCUAUCUCGUUUUCAAUCAAAUUAAACUACCCACUUUGUUAAACUUUAAUCUCAUGAUCCGUGGUUUUUCCCAGAGUACCCAACCCAUUGAAGGUAUUAAAAUCUAUUACAAAAUGUACUGUUUCCACGGUUUUUCUGGUGAUAAUAUCACUUUUAUUUUUGUUUUCAAGGCCUGUGCUCGAGUUAUAGAUAUUAAAACCGGUCAAAAGUUUCAUGUUCAUGCUGUGAAACGAGGGUUUGAUUCCUAUUUAUUCGUUGCAAAUGCGUUGAUUCAUAUGUACUCUAGCUGUGGUGAUUUGGAUUUUGCGAGGAAAGUGUUUGAUACAAUGGGGAAAAGAGAUUUAGUUUCUUGGAAUUCUUUGAUUUGUGGGUACAGUCAAUGCAAAAAGUUCAAGGAAUUGUUGGGUUUGUUUAACGCAAUGCAAGAAGCUAAUGUGAAAGCUGAUGCUGUGACAAUGGUGAAAGUUAUUUUAGCUUCUUGUUAUACGGAUAACAUGGGUUUGGCAGAUUCUAUGGUUAAAUAUAUUGAGGAAAAUUGCAUUCAUAUUGAUGUUUAUUUGGGUAACACUUUGAUAGAUAUGUAUGGAAAACGUGGUUUGGUUAAUUUAGCACGGGAAGUUUUUGAUAGAAUGCCUGAGAGAAAUUUAGUGUCUUGGAAUGCAUUGAUCAAGGGGUACAUAAAAGCAGGGCAAGUUGUUGAAGCAAGGAAGGUUUUUGACAACAUGAAGCAAAGGGAUGUGAUUUCUUGGACUUCCAUGAUUACAGGUUACUCUCAAGUUAACCAAUUUAAAGAUGCAUUGAAGCUUUUCCAAGAUAUGAUGGCUGCUAAGGUUACACCUGAUGAGAUUACAGUGGCUACUGUUCUUUCUACUUGUGCCAACUUGGGUGUUCUUGAUGUUGGACGGGCAGUUCAUGACUAUAUCUGCAAGCAUGGUAUACGAGCCGAUGUUUAUGUUGGAAACUCCUUGAUUGAUAUGUAUUUCAAGUGUGGUGUGGUUAAGAGGGCUUUGGAAGUAUUCCAUGAUAUGAAAGAGAAGGAUUCUGUUUCAUGGACUUCAGUUAUCUCAGGACUUGCUGUUAAUGGUUUUGCUGAUUCUGCACUUGAAUAUUUCUCACAGAUGUUGAAAGAUGGUGUUGGGCCAACUCACGGGUGCUUUGUUGGGAUUUUGCUUGCCUGCACUCAUGCUGGAUGGGUAGAUAAAGGGUUGGAAUUUUUUGAAAGUAUGGAAAAAGUUCAUGGACUAACCCCUGAAAUGAAGCAUUAUGGCUGUGUUGUGGAUCUUUUAAGUCGUUCUGGGUAUCUAGAAAGGGCCUACGAGUUCAUUAAGAAAAUGCCUGUACAUCCAGAUGUGGUACUGUGGAGGAUAUUGUUGGGUGCAUGUAAGCUUCAUGGAAAUGUAGUCUUAGCUGAGAUUGCCACAAACAACCUUAUUGAACGGGAUCCUUCUAACAGUGGAAAUUAUGUUCUCUUGUCAAACACUUAUGCAAUCUCAGAUAGAUGGGAUGCUGCUACGAAAAUGAGACAGUUGAUGGAGGGGAACAAUGUGCAGAAGCCUUCUGGUUGGAGCUCCAUUCAAGUAGAUAGAUGACUUGAAUUGUUAUUUACUAAUUUAAUCUUUAAUAGAAUACACAAAAAUUAACAACUUUUUUUAA